AAGAAAACCCACCGCAGGGGAAAAACAACAGACAAACACACUAUGCGAUCCCCUAGCAGAUUUACUCCCUUGAAGUGUAAACAAGACAAUAACAACCCUUUGGCGGUACCACGGAGAAAGGAGGGCGGCGCUUAAAGAUGACAACAUUCUCAUCCACGGCGCUCAGGAACUUAUCGCAGCUGCUUCGGACAGAGGACGAUCUCGAUAAGGUUGAGUCUCUGAAAGAACAGCUCAUCAAGGAGAAGACCGCUAUAGAUGUGCAGCUCAAGUCGCAUACGCAGACCCAGCUGGAUAGGAUGCUGGAGAGCAUGAACUCUCUGACGAUGUGUCAGGAUGAUGUGAAGACGUUGAAAGAGAACGUUGAGCAGCUUGACUCGAUCGCUGUCAACAGCUUUGGUGCGAUUAGCCGCUAUGAGCUGAUCAACAAGAUCUCGAGGGUGCACGAGGUGUUCACGCAGAGUACAAGGAUUGCCGAUAAGGUGGCUUCGUUCCACGAUGAGCUCAAGGAAAUCGACGAUAUGAUCGAAGCUGAGAACUAUAACGACAUCGACAUUGAUUCCGAGGUGCCAUCUUUGCUAUUGAUUCAUUGGAGAUUGAACAAAUUUAGAGACUUUCAAGACCAAAUCGUGGAGUUGAGUUUGAGAUCUAGUGAUGAUGCACGGUUCACGGUUAAAAGAUUGACGUCCAAGACCCAGUUCACGGUGAAGAAGUGGGAUACGCUAUUGGAGAACAUCAUUUCAGGGUUGGUUGAGAGCGUCAAGGUUGGUAACCACGGACUCGUUGUGCGGUUUGCCAAAAUCAUUGAGUAUGAAGAGAGACAUGACGCUAGAAUAUCGACGAUCAAGGAAGUGUUACAGAAGAACGAAGCAGAUGUGCAUGCUGGUCUUUUCCAACAAAUCGUCAAGGGCUCUCUACAACAUCGUGUUUAUUCAAGGGAUUACAAACAAUUCUUCCUGACGAAGCUGAAAGAAAACGUUCAUGAAACUUUCCACAACUGUUGGGAGACAUUUGCACAUAGUAACAACAUCUUUGAGAUCUUGGAUAACUUUGACUGGGUGUUCCAAGAUCUCUCGUGUGUUCAACAGGAAUUGAGCAAACUUGUACCUCCAAAAUGGGAUAUCUUCAAAACUUACUACGAUAUCUACUACGCAGAACUUCACCUUUUGAUAACAAGAUUGAUUGAAUCCGAACCUGAAACUGCAUUCAUCAUCGAUAUCCUGGACUUUGACAACAAAUUCCAGGAGAUUAUGGUGAAUGAGUUCAAAUUCAAAAAAUCUGAGGUUGAAAGUAUCAUAGGUGAAGUUGAAAAGGAACAAUUGUUCAAAGAUUACCUUAACCUAUUGGUUAUGAUGAUUACUGGUUGGAUGACAAACCUUUCAAACACUGAACAAGACGUGUUUAGAAACCGUAUCACUGCUCCUGAAACCGAUUCUGAAAAGCUGUACUUGUUGGAAGGUACCAAAAUUGUGUUCCAAAUGUUCACUCAACAGUGCGAUGCAGCUUCUGGCUCUGGACAAGGUAAGAUCUUGGCAGGUGCAAUUAAAGAGUUCUCAACAUUGCUGAUUAAGAGACAACAAGGAUGGAGUGAGCUCGUGAAGAGCGAAGUGCAUAGGCUGCUCUUGUCUAACAACCCAGAACUAAGACCACCACCAAAGCUCGAAGGUGAAAUAGUUGAUGAUUCAGUUCCACCUGGUUUAAUAGAAUAUUUGACUGCAUUGGCAAAUGAUCAAAUGAGAGGUGCAGAUUACACGGAAGCCAUUUCGAGUAAAUACGGUUCGAUGGUUAGUAAAAAAUACUCAUCGCAGAUUCAUGAAGAUUUAGAAAAUGUCAUUGAUGGCUUUGCGAACUUGGCUAAGGAAUGUUGUGAUGCUCUUAUAGUUAUGAUCUUUGACGAUUUGAAAGUUGUCAUGAGAAAGAUCUUCACAAAAGAAUGGCUCAACUCCACUUUUGCUCAACAAAUAGCUGAUACUUUACUGGAGUAUUUGGGAGAUUUGAAGCACUCUAUGAACUCAUACCUUUUUGAAAUUCUUUGCGAAGAAGUUGUGGAAGAAACUUUGUUAAAGUAUUUGGACAACUUGAACAGCGAUGUGAAAUUCCCAAAGGAUCCAGAGAGAUUCUUGGGUGCUGUUAAGCGUGAUUUUGAAACUUUCUACAAGUUAUUCAUCCAAUUUCUUUCUCAAGAUGUUAUUGAGGAGAAAUUCAAAAUUGUGGAACACUUUAUGGACCUGGCUACAGAACAAGACCUGGACCAGAUUGCCACCAUUUGGGGCUCCACUGUUCAAUCUUUCAACGAUAUCAAGAUUGAGUUUUUAUCUGCUGUGUUGAAGGCUAGACCGGACGUUGAUCAUGCAGACGCAAAGUUGGUUGUGCCAAAGGCCAAGGAAGUACAGCAGAGAUAUCUUACCGACCACCAGUUUGAACUUGCUCAGUCGUUUAUGGGCCGUUUCAACUUGAGCAAAAAACUCAAGAAGGAUUACUUGUGAUUCUACACCAUACAUAGAUGAAAACAAAGACAUAUAUAAUGAAUCGCACGACAUGAAUAGUCCAUACUCUUUGUUAAAGCUUUAUAUACGAAACGUUGACUAUUAUGGU